AUGUCACGACCAAGCGCGGCACCCCGAAAUCUGACGUUGACGGAGGAGCUGGAGAAGCUGGAGCACUUAGAAAUCGACCACAAUUUCAGCAAGGCGCACCGUAUCGUCACCACGAGCAUCCUACCCGUCGUAGAAUCAUACGGUGAGCACUCCAAGAACGUCUGGGAGGCAUCCAAGUUCUGGAAGCAAUUCUUCGAAGCAUCAGCCAAUGUCUCGCUCUCGGGUUACGAAGAGCUCGCGAACGACGAAGACGAAACCACAAACGCCGAAGAAACGACGGUACAAGAGGAUCUGACGGGAGUCUACAACACGCCUCGCACCGGCGGUCGAGAUGACGUGACGCUAAACACGCCAGCCGGCGAGUCGACUUUCCAGACGGAUGUUUCGCUCCUGAACGAUGACGAGCUCACGGACUCCACUGUGCUCUUUGCGCAGCACACUGCUCGUCUGCCCGACAUGUCCAUGACGCCGCGCUCGCUACUCCCCCAGCCACAGCAGUCAAUACAACGAGGAAACAAGGACCCGCUGCUCCAUCGCAUGCUCGACAAAACCUACAGGCUCCAGGCGACGCCGCACAAGGAACCCCAGUACCGCAUCUCGCCGCUCAAAAAGGAAGACGAAGGCCAAGGCAAGGGCAAGGGCAAAGAAGGCAUUCCGUCAUGGCAGGACUCGCCCAUGUCGUCGCCCGUAAUGGAGGCGCCCAAGCUGCGGAGCGAGGCUUUCAUGUCCCCCGUCAAGUCGGCGGCGCGUCAGCGACUUGCCGCCGCGACGGCCGGACCUAGGACGCCAGGCGUCAGCGUGCAGACGCCUGCUUCGACGCGGCGCACGAAAGACUUUUUCCCGCAGGACGACGACACGACGACUACCACCGAGGCCCCCGUGACAAGGCAGAAGUAUGAAAUCGACUGGGACAGCGACAGCGACGAGGGUGCUUUCGGUGGCAUAAGCCCGCCCAAGACGAUUCAGUUUGCACUGCCGCCCUCCAAACUGUUGCAGACACCCGCACGGGAGGCUAGCAAGCGGAUUGUAGACGACAUCUUGAUGACGGCCGGCGCUGAGCCCGACAGCUCAGAAUACAGCCCCACUAUGGUCAAGAUGAACGAUGACGUCUUGAAUGAUAGCUUUUAA